GCGAGGCGGAGAAGAAGAAGAAAGUCGAUCUGGAGAGGUCGACAAGAUGUUGGUGCCUGAGGCUGCCACUUGCUGUUCGGGGACGGGUGGGUCACGUGCCUGGCUACGGCUACGUCAUGGGUGUUCGUCAGAAGAUGAUCAUACUAUCUGUUAUUAAAAACAUGACUGAUAUUUAGAUUGUUCAAUGAAGCAGGAGUGUCAUAGUAUGAAGUCUCUGAGCGGCUUGUGUCAAUUGGCUUAUACUGGGCAUGGAGCUAUCUCAAACACAAGGCCCCGACUGGCGGAGAACCCAAUGAUAUGCUUGGACUCUCUGGCCAAAGCCUAGUCUAGCGUCUACUCCUCGUAUCCGGCACCAGAUCAGCCACCAUUGAAUAUGGCGUAGUGGUGUACUGACACCUAAGCCUGGCUGCCUGAGUAACUUAGUGAAAUGCAACUUUGAUACCUCGGACCAUAAGCGCUAAACCCAAACGGGUCAUCUACCGCGAUGGCCCCACAAGGUCAGAUCUAUGAGCCUCCAGGGCAAAGACUCUGUCGCCAGGAAAAUGUCUGAAAGGUAUAAAUUGGGUUCGGUAGAAGCCUUCUGUUCUCAUGAUUGUGGUGUUCCAAUAUAACUCUCUUUCUCAGCACGAAAAGUCUGCUUGUGAACAAUGCCCUCCAUCAUCUCCGCUGACAGGCGUCAUAUCGCCAUUGCCGAGCUCAUUGUCUUCUCAAUCAUCCAGCUUGUCCAGUUUUAUACCAGGUUUAUUCAAGAGUGGCGGUAUUGGCACCAUGACAAGCGGAAAAGCUUGCCCCGUUGUACCAUGUACUCUUGGAUGGGACUGCUGGGUGUUCUGGCCCAGCUUCGAAUUGCUGGAUCUGCAAUGACCAUCUCAAACGCCAACCCAGGAAAGUCAAUGCUCAUUGCCGAAAACGUUCUUCAAGGCAUCGGUCUCUCCCCGCUGAUGUUCGAGGUGAGCCUUGUCUUGCUGCGAAGUGGCCAAGCCGGUCGUACGGGCCCGGGAAACUCAAGAUACCCGAAGCAAAUACGAUUUGCUCUCACGUUGUUCCGAUUCCCUAUCUUCUUUUCGAUUGUGUUGGUGGUAGUGGGAGCGUCCAUACCGAACCGCAUUUGCAAGAUUGUCGGAUCAAUCAUGCUGCCCAUCGCAUUUACGUUUGGAUGUGGUCUGGCUGUCCUGCUGGCUGUGCAGUACCGGGCCAUUCUCCCCAGAGCUUGUCACCGCUGUGUUUUGUUGGUGUUAGUGGCACUGCCUUUCCUUGUUGUGCGAGUUGCGCAUUUCCUCCUUGCGGAAUUUGGACCGCGAAAGUUCAGUUCGGCGGUGGGCGAUACCGGUGUCAUGGUGGGUAUGGGGCUUGUGAUGGAGGUGCUCAUAACCAUUUGUCUUUGGGCUGCUAGAGCUGUGGCAGAGCCAUUCUGGUCGGUGCCUGUUGAGACGGAGGCGGAGGCAGCUUAAGUGGAUGAUUGGGUAUUCCAAACGAGAGAGUCCAAAAUUAGGUAGAAGAAUGUAUGUCAGACAGUGAGCAGGGUACGCGGCCCGAAUAACGAGAGUAUAGCAACUCAGUCCACCGGUAUUUGAAAGUUUCUAGGCUGUACCGCUGCGUACGCUUUAGAAAGUCGUUCUAACCACACCUCGAGCCACGCCUUAGUGACAGGGUCGGCGGUUUCGUACGCCGCGCGCAAUGAGAAUCCCAUUCGAUACGGCCCCAGCAUUCCGCGAGCAUUAUACUCGAUUGACUGACAAAUCAGGUCUCGAAAGUGGACAACUGUAGCCGCAUGCUCACCAGGACAGCCACAGGCUCUAAGGAUCUCAUGCAAAAGCAACAUGUAGGAAUAGUAGCCGCAGAAGAGGGACCCGCUGUUCACGUCGGAGUAGACGAGGACGAUAGGAAAUAGCUUGUCCCCUGUUGAUGACCG